AAGGAGGUGACGUUGCUGAUUCUUCAGUUACUUCUGCUUUGUGCCAGAAUGCAGUCUCACCGAGCUGUCUUAUGGGCCGAAUGAAGAGCAGCUGAAAAGUAGGAAUACUCCUGUGAGAGUUGCAGGUCUAUAUAAAUAAAGGACUCCAUCAUGGGAGGCCAGAAUUCUAAACCCUUACACAAAAAGCAACCGAGGGUUGUAAUGAUGGGACUUGACUUUUCUGGAAAAUCAACUCUUUUAUAUAAACUGAAAAUCAAUCAAUUAGUAGAGACAUUUCCUACGGUUGGCUUCAACGUGGAACACAUAGAAAUGACUAAAAAUAUGUCUGUGACAGUGUGGGAUGUUGGAGGCCAAGACAAACUCAGACCCAACUGGAAGGAGUAUUUAGAAGACACCGACGUUCUGAUCUUUGUUGUAGACAGUUCAGAUCCACCCAGACUCCCAGAUGCUACAGCAGAACUACUGACUGUUCUGAACAAUGAGAACAUGGCUGGCAUUCCCUUCCUGAUUAUUGCUAACAAGCAAGAUAUUCCUGGUGCUCUCCCGGCAAAGGAACUGGUGCAUAUUUUGAAGUUGGAAAAUUAUGAUGAUAGACCUUGGGAAAUACAGAGCUGCAGCGCUUAUACUGGGGAGGGUUUGGCGGAAGCAAUGAAUGCUGUUGCUAGCCUCCUGAAAAGAGUCCAAAAUCCAUAAGUGACUAUUUAUUUAAGAUAACUGGCUCAUAAAUAUCGGCCAAACAUCUGCCAGUCAUUUCCAGCAUUGUUUACAGAUUAGUUUUAAUGACACUUUAUUUAAAUUUACUUUAAAACAUUUCAUUAGAUUAUAUUAUGGAUACUUGAAACGGUGCCAGGGGAACAUUAGAGCACACUAGCAUUCUCCACAGUCCAUCGUGUUUGGUGGUGCCCCCUUUGCCAGAAAUUAUAUUUGGCACAAUGGAGUAUGUGUGUUUUGGUGUAAUAUAUAUAUAUAUUUUUUUAAGAAUUAAAAUGUUGCCCCUUAUUGUGGAACCUUCUUCUAUUGCCUUAGCAAAGUACUAUUCCCAUGGAUAUAAUUAUCAUUUUUAGCUAGCACGUUAUAAUGUCUGGACUUUGUGCAGGUUUAGAAACUAACAGGCUCAUUUUAUUGUUGUUUUGAAAUAGGGAAUACAUUGUUAAUAUCAUACACAAGAGUCAAAUGACUCAUAUUACAUCACUAAGCACUGACUAUAAGGAUAUAAAGAUAUAAUACACAAAAGCCAUGAAUAUCUUGUAAAUU